AUGCAAUAUACCCUCGGCAUCUUCUUGAUUCUCCUCAUUGCUGUCGUGAUCAGUGUUGCUAUCUUCUUCAUGUGCCGCUCUUAUAUGGGCCCUUUCGUUGAACGCAUGGAGGAAGCUCGUCAGGAGCGUCGCUGGGAGCGUGCUCGUCGUGCUGAGCGUCGCAAGAUGGAGCAGCGCCGCAAGGACGAGGCUGGAGGUAUCACAUGUUUGACUGAAAUUACGAUCACUAGCGAGGAUUCUUCUUCCUUUACUGGUCUUGUCUAG